AUGGACGCCACCGACACUCGUCCGUACCUUGCUCACCAUCAAACCCAAGUGGAAAUCAACAAGGCAGUCUUGAAUCUCUUUCUUCUCGUCGACCGUCUCCUCCAAUCCGAUAAAGAUGCGCAAGAGCUCCUGGUGUCGCUGCGCACUUUGAGCGAUGGCCUGCAGCGUAGGGGCCUCAUUUCACCUAUGCCCGCAGAGCCGCAUGAAUUUUACGAAAACGCUACGGCUCCUGAGAGGGCUUUUCAAUCCAACCCCCUACUAGAGUUGUGGAUCAGUACCAGGAAACGUCGUCAAUCAAAGUUCACAUCGAGCGCGUGCCCACUCCCCCAUCGAUUCACCUACCACAACUACCGCCCAAUUCUCGCACACACCCCCAUCGAGGGACCGUUCCCAGAUCAGAACCAGAGGGAUUCGGACAUGGAUGCGUCCUACAUCUCUGUCAUCCGCGAGAAACUCAAGGCCUGGCGUGCUCGAUCUAACACACGGGCUCUUUGGACGUGGGUGUCUGGUAACCUACCCUCCCCAUCUUUCACCCGUCCUCGUGUUAGUGAAGAGGAUUUCGAAAUCGUUGGACGCGAGCUGUAUAGUGCAGAAGAACGUGGUACCACUCGAACUUCGCCCCUCCUCCCCUAUGGCGCUAGUGCCGACAUAGAACAGGCCGUCAAAGAGGAUCUCCUUUCAGUGCGCUCUGCACGGGACAAGCCACUCCCGCCACCUCCGGGUGGCCAUAUUCGCUCCAAGUCUCUUUCCAGCAGCAGCCCACGGAAGGCACCCUUGCAGAUCCAGACGACCAGUCUCCGCCCCGCCUCGUCCCAGCAUCGUGGGCACCGCAAGCCUGUCCGGGCAUAUGCCGACGUGCCAGACAAGCCAUCAGCCAUGUCCCAUAUGUCACCGGUUAGGAUGGCGGUGUCUCCUAUUACACCUUCGCCUCUACGCCGCCAGCUUCACCUUCAUGAUGCGUUGCCAACAAUGAGCGGCUCGGAAUCUUCGCACCAGGAUCAUACGAGGCAAAUGGCGCAGCUCAUUGAGGGGCAUCAACUCGAUUCCUUAGCUGAUAGAGCUGCAAAACCUAUGCAACAAGACCAAGGUCCUCAAUCUUCGACUCGGGGAGACGACCCAAAUGAUCCCUCAGAUCUCCGCGACGUCUCCGGUGUUGGACGUACACCUUCGCUCUCACGUCGCUCGCGGGUGGAUACAGGGAACAACGGGAGCAGCGGUAGUCUUGUACAUCGUAGGGACGUCUCGAGAUCCCCGGUUGUGACCAGCGCCGCACCUUUGCUCCUCGCCGUCGAGGAAUGCUCUCACUGGAGUGAAGAUAAGGAAGAUCAUGUGUCUGAGUUUCUCGACCGUCAAGAAGUGCAAGAGAAACUCGGAUGCGUUACGGUGCUCAGUGGCCAAACGCAUGGCGAGGAUUUGGAGGGAGAGAAGAUGGGCAAACGGAAGGAACGGAUGGAAAAGCGCGCAGGUAGACUGUUCAAUGAGGAUUUUGAGUUGAAGCAUGAGAAUCACGAGGCGUCGCCGGCUUUGGGUGACAUCCUCGCGGAUAUUGCUGCUCGACGCAAGCCAGUCAUUCGGUCCCAUGGAUCCGGGUCACUUUCGAGUCAGAGACCGCGCACAUGGCUGUAG